AUGCGCGGCAUCGCCGACGUAUCAGCCCUAACUUGCAGCUUCGCACCCACGGCUCGGCGGCGCAGGACAAUAUCGGGCGCGCUCUCUGGCGUUCUCAACCAGUCCCAAGCCAAGACAGCGCAGCCCUCGAGCAAGGAUAGGCCAGCGGCGUCAUGCACCACCUUCCUCGGGCUGCGCGUCGCCAUCCGAGAUUCUUUCGGACACGCCCAUCGCUGCCUGGCGCCCCUCGGGCACCACCGAUCCCGUCCUACGGAGCACCUUCCCACCCGAUAUGUGCGUACGUGCCCACGCAACGCAACGCACUCACCGGGGAUCAGCGACUCGUUCCGAUGA